UGAAACAAGCAAUAGCAAACUUUGCCUUCACACCUAAUCGUGCCAUCAAACAUCUCCCAUUCAUCAGUUUUGUAGAGCAGAGGAAUUCAGCAUGAUUUCCGACACCUAUGCCACAUCAAGCGACGCCUCGUAUGUCGAUGAUCGUGGCAUAAUCAGAGUCACCUUCGUCCACUGUUGGAGCAUUGAAAAAGACGUAAAAUCACGCCUGUCAUUAUCCAGCGAAAUCUCUAUUAAAAUUGAAGUCCCUUCAUCAGAAUCUGCUCAACACAUCGCCAGCAAUGAAGAUCUCUUAACUGAAUUAUUACUGCACUUGCCCCCAAAAUCUCUACUUCGUUUCCAGACAGUCUCAAAACACUGGCUUUCCAUUAUUAGCAGUCCCCAAUUUCGUCGCCUUCACACUCGUAUGAAUGCCCGGUCCUCUGCCUCUACUAUUGGUUUGUUCUUGUGCCGAAACCCCGCUUACAAUUUUCUUUCUUUGCAUGAAGAAGAUUUCUCCACAAUGAGUAUGAUGAAUGAAAGAUUCUCCAGUAUACGUGAUGGUAAAAUAUUUUAUGGUAUGAAUUCUUGCAACGGACUAUUUUGCCUAGAUUUUAAACUGAGUGAUGGGAGAAGGGAGUUUUACAUUUACAAUCUCAUCACUGGUGAAAAUAGGUUCAUUCCACUACCAGAAACAAUCAACGAACCCGACUUAGUAAGAACUAUGAAUUUAGCUUUUGAUCCUGAAAAAUCAGGUGAUUACGAUGUUGUUUGUGUUUGGUUGUCUGUGUCUGAGAAUCAACUUCGGUUCUCAGUAUAUUCAUCAGGUACUGGAAAUUGGAGGCAUUCUAAUGAAUAUUAUGAUUGUAAUGAAUAUGGAGGCGCGGAUUUAUGCUUCUAUUAUGGUGUUUUUUGGAAUGGAGCUGUUCAUUGGGUUAGUCAAACAGGCCCCUUUUUGUGCUUUGAAGUUGGAAAUUGUAGCUUCAGACCAAUGCUUACUACUCCAAUUCCUGAAGAACAGUGGCUCAGAAAUAUUGAAUACUUUGGGGAAUGUGGAGGGCACUUGCAUCUUAUUCAACAUAAUGAUCAUCCAAGUACAGAAUUUGAUAUUUUUGAGCUGGAAGUUAAUUACUCUGGGUGGUUUGUUAAGUACCAUGUUAACUUGGAUUUUUUACCUAAUUUGUACCCUGUUAUGGUGAAUCAAGAAAUGAAUUCACCAGAAGAAUAUGCCUAUACGAACGUGUUUUCGACGAUUUGUUUUGUUGAUGAUGAGAAAGAUAAGGCAAGGCUAUUGUUAUCGCUUCCUGGAAAAAUCAUUUUGUAUAACAUGAACGAUGGGAAGAUCGAAGAGUUAGCGGAUGUGAAGCCUGCUAGUUUCAGGCUUUUCAUUGAUGGAGCUCGCUAUGAUGGCUUUGAAAUGUACAAACAUGUUGAAACUUUGGCUCGUGUUUGAUUGAGUUUCUCUUCUCUGUAUCAUUGCAAUGCAACGGACACAUUUGAGUUUCUCUUCUUUCAUCUA